CUGAUCUUUCUCUCGCGCCUUUAAAAUCUUUGACAGAUGAUAGUCGCGAGUACCAUCAGUCCGGCGCUGAAAAUCGGCCUUCGGUGCCUCGGUUUAUGGCCGGACAUGCCACACUCCACCGUUUAUUGUUUCAUUGUUAUGUCGAGCACUCUGAUUGUACAAUACUUUCAGUAUCUGUAUAUAUUCUCGCACUUUAAGCUUAGCGAACUGUCAAAUCUUGUGGAUGGUUUAUCGUCGACCUUAGAAAGCAGUUUAAUGUUUAUUAAACUGGCUAGUCUUUGGAAGCAUCGUCGUCUUUUUCAUCAACUUCUGGUUGCAAUGGAUAAUGAUUGGCGCGAGUGCAACGAUGUCGAUCAGUAUUUGAACUUAAUGACAAUUAAAGCCGGUAUAUCGCAUUUUUGUUCCAAUGCUAUGUUGAACUUUAAUACAUUUACCGGGAUAUUUUACCUCUUGGGCCAUUACGCGAUUCGUUUUGUAUAUCUGACAAAAAAUUAUAAUAACAGUUUGCGGCAAUUUCCCAUUAAGAUAGAAUUUCCCUUUGAAACGGAGCAAUCGCUGAUUUUCGAGUUGCUCGGUAUAGUCUUAUUUAUAUAUGUGAUGAUGGGUUCGUGCACGAUUGCUAUUGUAAAUGGAUUGAUCUUCAGUUUGGUAAGUCUUUCACUUUAAAUUUACGCAUCUUUAUUCUUUAUGAAGACUGUGUAAC